CCAGAAAUGCACUGCCAGCCUAUUCUUCCCAAGAACCAAUGAGUAAGAUUCGGGGUCUCCCUCCUGAGACUCGGGAUCCUGGCCCUGGAGUGAAACUUGGGGUGGAAAAUGGCCUUCUGUGUCAACUGAUUCAUUCUCCAGAAUUCAACCUGUUCUCCGACUCGGCAGUGUUCGAAAGCCACUUCAUCCAGGUCACUAAGCCUGAGAAAUGGACAAUUGUCUCCGGAGGGUUUACCACCAUGGUCCUUGGGGUGACCUCCUCUGUCCCCUCCCUGCCACUGCCCAACAUCCUCCUAAUGGGCAAGGUCACCUGGUCCCGGAGUCCUUUUUCCCCCUGGAGAAAACCUGCGGAUGCUCCCGUCAUCACUCUCAACAGGGUUCUGCCUCUGAAGUAUGUGGAGCUGCAGAUCUGUGACCGACAUCAGCGCAUCCUGAGGGUGAGGACAGUGACGGAGAAGAUCUACUACCUGAAGCUCCAUGAGAAACACCCCGAGGCUGUGUUCCAGUUCUGGGUCCGUUUGGUGAAAAUUCUGCACAAGGGCCUGUCCAUCACCACCAAAGACCCCCGAAUCCAAUUCACUCAUUGCCUGGUACCCAAGGUGUCCAGCAGCUCCACCGACACAACAACUGAAAGCAGCCUCCUGCCAUCUUCCCAGCCCAGUGAAAACCUCAGGCUGCUGAAGGCAGAGCAGACCAGUGGGAGUUCCCUGCCGUUCCCAGAGCCGCUCCCAGCACUCAUAGACAACAGCAUGACCAUAGACAUGGACCUUUGCAACAGCAACCGCAAGACCCCCUCCCCAGUGCCAACUCCAGUCAUUUCGAACAUACCCAUGAGAGCCACCUUGAGCCACAGCCUGUGGGAGCAAGAGAACUCCAACGAGCAAAUAUGGGAGGCACCUGUAGCCAGUUCCCUGGGGGAGAACUUCUGGGGACCCUGACAGCCAGCUGAACCAGAGCGGCUUCUCCUUGCCUUCCCUGCAAGUGCCACCGCUACCCAUGAUGCUCUUCUCCCAAGUGAAGUGGGAGAGGCAAGACGGCAUUGACAACAAGGGUCUUCCAUAC